UCCUCUUUUUGGUGACAAUAGACGGCCCAUACUAAUCAGGUUUCAAAGUAAAUAGCAGCGCGGGGCGAGCUCAAUGUAAAUUGUGCCUGUCAGAGCCCCCCCACUCUCCUCCCAAGCCCCCUCCAGUCGUAGAAGCCUACACUGUAAAAAAUAUCCACCCUCAGACAGGCAGCCGUUUCAGCACCGGCGCCGGAAAAUCCUGGCUGUGUACACAGACGGACCGGGUCGGCGGGUUGGAUCGUGCGUCUUCGACGGCUGUUCGAUUCGCCGUUGUGAAUUUCCGGACUCUUGCCAAUUUCUACGGGAAUGUCUCUGAUUCGAGACACUUUACUGGCAACAUUAUUUUAACCGCUUGUAGCGAGAGCGGAAAACAGGCAGAAUACUGCAAAAUGAGCGUGUUAUUUCCACGAUAAACGGAUAGAAAAUAUAACAAUUUUGCGAUCCAAUAGCGGAGCGGGGGUUUCAUCUAGAUGGACAUUUUUUGUAGCGCCCUAACGGAGGGGGGACUCUAACCAAUGGAGAGAAAGAGAGGGCUUGGCUAUAACCUUAGCCUCCCAUUUUCUCUCUCCCUCUAUCCCCCCCUCCUCUCCUCUCCUCCUCCUCUAUGCAGGGCUCUGGCCAGUCAGUCCUCUUUGAUUAUCAGUCUCCAGCAGCCCCUCUCUUGGCUCCUUGACAUGAGCACCAUAUAAGGCGCAGCGAUCUCCAUAGAAACGUGUCAGUUUCAAUAGUAGUGUCAAAGUUCACUAUAUACAGACAUUCGCGCAGAUCCCCCGUUUCGGAAACAUUGCUCUGCUGGUCCUCUCGUUUAAGCGCAUUCAUUUUUUGGGGGUCUCUCCUUCUUCUUCUUCUUCUUCUUGCAUAUCCUAUUAGUACUAGUUGGUGUUUUUCCUCUUUUUCUUUUUUUUCCUCAAUCUUUUUUCUCUUCGUAUCGCCGUUCCUCCUCGCUGGAGAGAGGUGAAACUAUACAUGGGUACUUCAUUCGGCGACGCGGUUCUCCUUCGCAGCUGGGCGAGAUGAUGAGGUUUAUUUAAGAAUAUAGAUGUAAAAAGCCCAGCUCUUCAGGGUUUUUUUUUCCUCCUCCUCCUCCUCAUAUACGACGAAGACGGGAGUGUAAAGGAGCAAGGGGAAGAAAGGAGCAAGGAAUUUAUCUCCGCAGCACUUUGGAUCGCGUCUUUCCAGCGAAAAGGUUUUGGUGUUUUUUUUUUUGUUUGUUUUUUUUACUCGCUCCUGCCUUUCUUUUGUGGCUAUUUUUUUUUAUCUGACUGCAAUUUUUACGUCUGGACUCGGGUUUUCCUACAAGAUUAGGGAUUCCUGAAUGGCUGACUGCAAUUUACCUUGGAACUGGCCUCCCGAUACUUGCAUAUCCUGAUCGGGUGCCUCCUGAUUUUUGAAUGUAUUGAUCGCGUUUGCUCCCGUUCUUACCCCCCAUAUGAGAUUGCGUGCUCCGAUUUGACUUUGCACUGUCCCGUCUUUUGAGAUUUUUUUUCCUUCCUCCUCUACGCUCCAUAAACAUCGGCGAUCAUUUCGCUUUACAGCACUUUCCGGGGCCGAGAUAUGGCAAUGGUAGUUAGCGUCUGGCGAGAUCCGCAGGAAGACGUGGCCGGAGGACCUCCGAGCGGCCCCAACCCAGCAGCGCAGCCGGCGAGGGAGCAGCAGCAGGCGGCGUCGGCGGCGCCGCACACUCCGCAGACCCCCAGUCAACCGGGACCCCCGUCCACGCCGGGGACCGCUGGGGACAAGGGGAGCCAGAAUUCCGGACAGAGCCAGCAGCAUAUUGAAUGUGUGGUUUGCGGGGACAAAUCGAGCGGCAAACACUAUGGCCAGUUCACCUGCGAGGGAUGCAAAAGUUUCUUCAAGAGGAGUGUACGCAGGAACUUAACGUACUCAUGUCGUGCCAAUAGGAACUGUCCCAUUGACCAGCACCAUCGAAACCAGUGCCAAUACUGCCGGCUGAAGAAGUGCUUAAAAGUGGGGAUGCGGCGGGAAGCGGUUCAGCGAGGAAGAAUGCCUCCAACCCAACCCAACCCAGGCCAGUACGCGCUGACGAACGGGGACCCCCUGAACGGCCACUGCUAUCUGUCCGGAUACAUCUCGUUACUGCUGCGGGCUGAGCCUUACCCAACCUCCCGGUACGGGAGCCAGUGCAUGCAGCCCAACAACAUCAUGGGCAUCGAGAACAUCUGCGAGCUGGCGGCUCGCUUACUUUUCAGCGCCGUGGAGUGGGCGAGGAACAUCCCCUUCUUCCCUGACCUGCAGAUCACCGACCAGGUGUCCCUUCUCCGGCUGACGUGGAGCGAGUUGUUUGUGCUUAACGCGGCUCAGUGCUCCAUGCCUCUUCAUGUGGCCCCUCUGCUCGCCGCGGCAGGCCUGCACGCCUCGCCGAUGUCUGCGGACCGCGUCGUGGCUUUCAUGGAUCACAUCCGGAUCUUCCAGGAGCAAGUGGAGAAGCUCAAGACCCUGCACGUAGACUCGGCGGAGUACAGCUGCCUCAAAGCCAUCGUGCUUUUCACAUCAGACGCUUGCGGCCUGUCAGACGCCGCUCACAUCGAGAGCCUACAAGAGAAGUCGCAGUGCGCCCUGGAGGAGUACGUCAGGAGCCAGUACCCCAACCAACCCAGCCGCUUUGGCAAGCUCCUGCUGCGACUGCCCUCUCUCCGCACCGUCUCCUCCUCGGUAAUCGAGCAGCUGUUCUUCGUCCGCUUGGUAGGUAAAACUCCUAUUGAAACCCUCAUCAGGGAUAUGCUAUUAUCCGGGAGCAGCUUCAACUGGCCUUACAUGUCCAUCCAAUGAUCCUUAUAUGACAAAACAAAACAGAGAGGAGGAGGAAGGGGAAAAAAAGGACCAAAUUUCUGCACCCCUCAUCCUCCUUCGAGAAGACUAUAUAUAGGACCUUUUUUUCUGAGAAACUUUGCGGAAGACAUUACUUUUUUUCUGUCUUCUGGGACUUCGAUGGAAUACAUUAUGUACAGAAAAAUAUUGGAACUGGACUUUGCGCCUGUGUAAAUCCGCACCGUCAUCUUCAAGAACAGUACUCUCCAUUUUGUAAAAUACUAGUCUUUAUUUUCUUUUUUCUUUUCCUUUUUUUGUAAAAAAAAACAUACAAAUAAAAUGAAAAACAUCAUAUGCGCAGUAAGAAAAAAAAAUGAAUCAAGACUUAGCGGGAAAAUAAUGUUUCCAAGCAAUUAUAAGAAUUGUCCUGUGUCUAUGUACCUCUCUGUUUUGUAUUUUUUCUGGUUCUAAACCAGGGUUUCUGUGAUUCUAUACUAAUAAUUUUUUGAUAUAACCUUUUGCUUCUUAUAAUGAGUGCGAUAUAUGUUGUCGAAGCUAUGUUCUCCAAGAAUUAAAAAUUGAAGUGAGAAUUUAAAAGAAUAAAAAAAAGAAAAAAAACAAGACAAAUAAAAUGAAUUUAGACGAAUAAGAAACAGUCUAAUCGCUGUGACAAUAUCAACACUGAUGGUUGAACUUUUUAUUUUUAUUUUAUUUUUUUUAUUUUUUAUUUUUUUGACCUCCCCCUUCUCCCAUGCUCCCAACUGAUACGAUGGACCUGCAGCAGAAGCAGCAAAACGAAACUGACCUCCAGGACGUUUUUACUGACAUUUUUACUCCGUCUGGGGCGCAUCCCCCCCUCCCCUCUACCCUUCUCCCCUUCAUCCCCUUCCCCGGACCACGAGUGUGUGUGGAGUCGAUCAUCAGUCAAAAGAACAAACGGAGAGACAUGAAAUCAAAAAGCACUUUUAAUAUAUCAUUUCAAAUACAUUUUGUUUGUUUCGUCUUGAAGAUUUUUGUUGUUUCUUGAAUUUUAUUGGUUGUUGCCUUCAAUUUUGCUUACUCCAUGAUGCAGCUUUUAAUUUUAAUUUUUUUUAUUUUUAUUUUAUUUUUAUUUUUAUUUUUUGGACAGAAGGGUUGGCUGAUGAAGUUGUGUGAUGGUGACUGUACUAUUAAAAAAGAAAUAGGCAACAAUGUCUCACUCUCAAGCAUUUUCCUGGGGAUCAAAUGUUUUAUUAUUAUUAUAAGUUUUUUUAUUAUUAUUAUUUAACCAAUCAGAGGGAAUCUGUUGUUUUUAUGUGUGCUUGUACAACAGUUCCUGAAACCUACAUGUGAAAGCAAAUUGUUACACGGGAUUAAAAGGUGAUAAUAAUUACACAAUAGAAGCACAUAUUACAUUUGGAAAGAGCCAUGACAUAACUGACAAUGCGAGUACAAAGAGGAAGGAGACAAUACUGGCCUGUGAGCGCAUUAAUGUUUAAUAUUUUUCCCAGACAGCGAGGGAAGCCUCUAACACAGAGCCACCUCUAUAACCUUCCCCCUGUGGCUUAAUCAAGGUGAUUCUCUGCAAACCAACACCCACCUCGUAUUACCCCCCACCCCCCACUUACUAUCGCCUAAAAUAAAAAAGAAAGAAAAAAGAAAAACUCUGCCCUGAUAACGCAUUGCAUGCUCUGUAUUGACGUGGGCGUCAUUUGGCAAAAAAGGGUUAGGGGGGCCCCCGCUGCAAAGCUGCUGUGAUAUGCGUGAUCAAUCUGGAAAAUGUAUUUUACAGCAUGUAAGCCAGUCGAUAGGAACACCGAGUGUGAUGCAUUGUGUGGGAAUAGAGAGGGAGGCAAAGAGGGAGAAAACGACAGAGACACACACAGACACACAGAAAGAGAGAGAGAGAGAGAGAGAGAGAGAGAGAGAGAGAGAGAGAGAGAGAGAGAGAGAGAGAGAGAGAGAGUGCUGAGACAAACGAGAGAAGCGUGUUAGUAGAAAGUCAAGUGUAUGACUGUGUGUGUGUGAGUGUCUGCGUGUGAGUGUGUGUGUGUGACAGGAUAAAAAAAAAGAUGUGGCCUUGGUUUGCUUGAUACAGUCAGAGUGUAAUGAGUCCAUCGAUAGUGUGUGAGAUGGGUUACGCACUGUCACUGCCCUUGCUUUGGUCUAUUUCUUGUUUUUGUCUCAAUUUACGCCCUAAAUGACAGAAGGGAAACCUGGUUUAUCACCGGUCCUUGCAUUUAAAUCACAGUGUAAGGCGUGAUAAAUAAAAAAAAAAAUACGAUAAAACAAAAAUGAUGGAAUAAAAUAUGGCGCACAGGCUUGACAUUUCUUAAGUCGUCAUGAGAUGAGCUGCCUCUGUGUCAUUUUUAAUUUUUGUUUUUUUACCCAGAUCCUUCUUUUGUGGUUUUGGCAGUGAUCAGGGACAGCAGAGCAGGGAUGUGAUAUUUGUUAGCCUGUUUAAUUAUCAGCCGUGUGUUGUGAGUGUAACUUUCGCUUAUAGGUUAUUUUUGCACUGCUUAUGUCAUCAAGAAACUUUUAAGGUGUCACUGCCUGUAAUAAAGGAAGGAUGUGGCUCCA